UACUAAUUACGGUUGAUCAGUAACGACUACCCGUAAAAAAAGGAUUUGGGAUGGAAAGACAGAUUUAAAAAGAACAAAGAGACACCUGAAACCUCUCACAAAUAUUUUCUUACUAGGAAGAAAAAUAGUAGUGAUGGGGGCGGAGAGAGUGCAAGACAUUGCUAAAUCUUCAGAGGAAACAAUCCCUGAUGCGUUCAUUAGGUUAGAGACUGAGCAACCUGGGAUCACAACUGUCCAUGGGGCUGUCCUUGAGGUCCCAACCAUUGAUUACAGUGACCCAGAUGAGGAAAAGGUCCUCAGUGCAAUUGAGGAUGCGGCUCGCAACUGGGGAAUGUUCCAAAUUGUGAACCAUGAAAUUCCUAGCGAGGCCAUAGCCAAAUUGCAGGCUGCUGGGAAGGGUUUCUUUGAGCUUUCUCAAGAGGAAAAAGAGGUUUAUGCUAAGCCUUCAGGCUCUAAGUCCAUGGAAGGCUAUGGCACAGCGCUUCAGAAAGAAGUGGAAGGGAAGAAAGCAUGGGUUGACCAUUUGUUCCAUAAGAUAUGGCCUCCUUCUGCCAUUAACUACCGGUUCUGGCCUGAGAACCCAGCUUUUUACAGGGAGGCCAAUGAGGAAUAUGCCAAGCACCUGCAUGGGGUGGUGGAAAAGCUGUUCAAGAGCCUAUCAUUGGGUUUAGGGCUUGAAGGGCAUGAGUUAAAGGAGGCUGCAGGUGGUGAUAACUUGGAGUACCUUCUCAAGAUCAACUACUACCCACCGUGUCUGCGUCCUGAUCUGGCUCUAGGUGUGGCAGCUCAUACUGAUAUGUGCACCAUCACCAUUCUUGUGCCAAACGAUGUGCAAGGUCUCCAGGCUUCUAGGGAUGGCCUUUGGUAUGAUGUCAAGUACAUCCCCAAUGCCCUGGUUAUCCACAUUGGGGACCAAAUUGAGAUCCUGAGCAAUGGAAAGUAUAAGAGUGUGCUUCAUAGGACCACAGUUAACAAGGAAAAGGCAAGAAUGUCCUGGCCAGUAUUCAUGGAGCCACCAUCAGACUUUGAAGUAGGACCUCAUCCCAAGCUUGUUAACAAAGAAAAUCCGCCAAAAUUCAAGACCAAGAAAUUCUCUGACUAUGUUUACUGUAAGCUUAACAAGAUUCCCCAGUAAAUGAGAGAAUCAAUGUACGUAGCUGUGGCUGCGUCAGUGUUGCACACUACUCCCACAGGUCAUAUUUUAUUGAACUGGUAUUAGACUAUUAGUUAGUAGCAUAUAAUGUCUUUCCCGAGUCCAUUGAAAGCCCUUCGGAUUUAGAGUUUGACAACUUAAGAUUUCCCUUUCCCAUUUUUUAUAAUCCCUAUUCCAACAUUGUGUUAGACUUUCAUGUGCUGCGGGUUGGUUAAUUGGGGAGUCUGAUUUUUUGUUUAAUAUUGUGUUUUAAGAAAAUAAAUGAUGUUGAGCCACCUGUAUUAAAUAUUGUGUUUUAAGUAAAUAAAAAUAGUGUAUCAUGUCCAUUUUA